CCUUACUGCGUGACACAUAAAUAGCCAUCAAUUCAAAUAAUAACAUUUUAUUGACUGUUGUCGCAUCUUUUCAUCCAUCUAUCAUCUUUUCUAUCUGAUAAAGUUAGGGAUGCUACAGAAAAACUGUAAGUUGGUGACGAAAGUGAUGACAGAAGCAAUUCAUGGUACCAUCGAAUUCCUUGAUGUUUUCUAUCGAUUCGAAACAAAAAAACAACAACUGUCUCGAUGACCAGGGCUAUCAAAUAUUAUUCACAAUACCAUCUGUAAAUGUUCGAUAAUCACGCAAAAGAGUACAAACAAUGUGAUUUGCAGCAAAUUAUGGAUGCAUACAAUAUGCAAGAGAGUAAGAUUGAUAAACUAUCAGUGAUAACAGCCGCUGGUGUUAUCACUCUUGACUUGCAUACAGCACUAGACACAUAUGUGAUCGCUGAAGAUGUCGCAAGAAAAAAUAUACGAAAUCAAAAAAACAAACUGGCAAGGAGAAGCAGCUGUUUGAGUAUCAAUGAAUUCGUCCAUCUUCUUCUUUUCGAACACGUUGAAAUUGCAACUGUUUGGCGGAAAGCGCAAUCAUCACUUCACGAAUCAUUUCAUUUUUCAUUCUUCUCCCAUCAAAAUGUCUCAAAUUCCGCUCUUCUUUUUACAGAUUUUACGGUAUUCUCGUCAAUAGCAAAUUUAUUUCAACUCAAUACUAUUACAUUUCUUGUCUUGUGA